GUCUGUCAAAGCAGUGGGCUAGGAGCCGGCGAGGCUGCCGAGGCAGCUGCCCCCAGGAUCGGGGGAGGGGGAGAGCCCGGGACACACGGACGGAGCCUAGCUGCUGUUCACCCCCUCAGUAGUGGUGGCACCGGGCGGCCAGCUCGCUGCGCCGGAUCCCUCCCAGCUGCGCUGGGGAGCCCAGGCCGCCUCCCACGCCCUCUGCCCCGGAUUGGAGGACUCCACAAGCGCCGUGCCUGGCGGGCAAGAGCAGCGCAGCGCUCGCCGCGCGGCUCCGGCUGCCCGGGGCUGGGAAGAACUCGAGCCGCGGCGGGGAGCCGGCAGGAUGAUAGUGACACAAAUUGAAGCCAAAGAAGCCUGUGACUGGCUGAGGGCUGCUGGUUUCCCCCAAUAUGCUCAGUUAUUUGAAGACAUGCAGUUUCCUAUUGACAUCAAAACUGUGAGGAAAGAUCAUGAAUUUUUAGAUCGAGAUGCUAUUGAUUCUCUGUACAGACGGUUAAAUACACUGAACAAGUGUGCAGCACUGAAAGUGGAAAUAAGUCGUCAGAGAAAACGGAGUGAUGAAUCUGAAGACGAUGAACCUUGUGCAAUAAGUAACAAAUGGGCUUAUGAGAGGUGCAGUCAGAGAUGGUCUCGCCUGGAGAGCAUAGAAGGUUUCCCUGAAAAAGAGUCUAGUGCAUCAGUCCCAGACAGUCCAAGACUUAAGAGCACUGGUAGUGAGGAGAUAUCCUUUUCAGACCAAGGAGAGAAGCAUGAUGUGUCUUCAAUUCACAGUACUAGCAGUGGGGACAGUGACAUUAUCAGCUUCCCUAAGACUUUUGAGGAUGUUGAGACCAGCACUAGUUCUUCAAGGUGUUCAUCAAGUAAACUGGCCUCUCCUGACUCUACUUUUAGUUGUUCUCCUUCUCCUAGUGAGUUCUUAAACAUCAUCAGCGAGGAGAAGCUUUUGGAUAAGCCACCACAAAAAAAGGGGAAGAGCUUUCUAAAGAAAAUGGAGAAACUGCGCAUAAGGAGUUCCAGUGUAAAGAGAGCUGCCCAGUCAAAGGCCAAACCCACUAUUGGUGAACCUGUUCUUCUGGAGGGACUGGACGAAGAGAAGCUGAAGAACCUUAAUUCUGUAGAUAUUUGUGACCUAUCUGACUGCCAGAUGAAAAAGAAUUCUUCCUAUUCUCCCCACACUUGCAGCAGCAGCAGCCAGUCUGAAACCAGCAGCACAGUGAGCACUCCGAGUCCUGUUAUCAAAGUCAGGAGCUAUGCUAAACGGGGAGGCAUGUAUGCGGAAGACUCCGACUCUAGCAAGCUCUCUCUGUGGAACGAUGUAUCUGAGCAAAACUUAAAAAAUGAAAUAAAUUUGCAUGCAAACCAAAUGUUUCACGUACCACAAGGCCAUAAGCCUGGGACUUUCCCCAAAGCACUUACAAACAGUUUCUUAUCUCCAACAGACAACACUUCUGUGAACUGGAGAACUGGAAGCUUUCAUGGAUGUAGGCGGAACAGAAUUAGAACUAGUUCUAAAGAGUCUGAGACCCCUCUGAGUCCUCUGUCGUUUAUAGAUAACAGGAUGAGUAUCUAUGACAAUGUGCCCAGCAUUCCUGUUCAUCUUAAUAAGAUGGAGACGCCGGAAGUUAGUGACGACGAUGUUUUUUCAGAACUAGACAAUGUUAUGGAACAUGUCAAUGGGCUCAGAAAGUUGGUCAAUCAGUGGACUGAGAAGUUCUCAGAUGAUGGAGACUCUGAUUUUGCGAACGACUCAACCUCUCCGUGUCCAUCUUCCCCUAAAGAAAUCCACCUUGAGAUAAAAAAGCAUUCAGAAGAGAAAUUGGCAGAUCUACCAGCUGCUGAUGGAAAACAGAACUGCAAGCAUGGCAAUGACCUUGAUUCCCCAGAACUGGCAUAUAUAACCGAUUCAGAGAUGGGAUCCUCAUUCUCACAUUCCAACAGACAUGAGAGGCGACACUGGUCUGCAGAGGAGACUGUAAACUUGGAAAGCCUUUCUGUACAAAUUGAUAACCAGUCAGCAGCCCACCUAAACCGAAUACAGAAACUGGCUUUGUUGAAACUCACUGCUUUAAUGGACAAAUACUCUCCUUCCAGUAAACAGGGCUGGAGCUGGACCGUUCCGAAGUUCAUUAGAAAAAUCAAAGCCCCAGACUAUAAGGACAAAAAUGUAUUUGGGGUCCCAUUACUGCUAAAUGUUCAGCGAACAAGCCAUCCACUUCCAAAGAGCAUUAUCCAGGCCAUGGAGUACUUAAGAAGCCACUUUCUUGACCAGGUUGGCCUGUUCAGAAAAUCAGGCGUUAAAUCUAGGAUCCUUUCUUUAAGGGAAAUGAAUGAAAAUGACCCAAACAAUGUAACGUAUGAAGGGCAGUCGGCGUUUGAUGUGGCAGAUAUGGUAAAGCAGUAUUUCCGAGAUCUUCCUGAGCCUAUAUUCACUAGCAAGCUUUGUGAAUCCUUCCUCCACAUCUAUCAGUAUUUGCCAAAGGAUCAACAGUUUCAUGCAGUCCAGGCUGCCAUUCUUCUGCUCCCAGACGAAAAUCGGGAAGCUCUGAAAAUUCUUCUCUUCUUUCUCCGAGAUGUAGUUGCUUUUGUUGAGGAAAACCAGAUGACUCCGACCAACAUUGCAGUCUGUCUCGCGCCAUCCUUGUUUCAUCUCAAUACUUUAAGGAGAGAGAGUUCAUCAUCAUCUAGGUCCAGCCAGAGGAAGUACAGCCUGGGAAAACCAGACCAGAGAGAUUUGAACGAAAAUCUGGCAGCCACCCAAGGCCUGGCCCACAUGAUCAUGGAGUGCAACAGACUCUUCCAGAUGCCUGACUAUUGCCUGGAUCAGUAUUGUGAUGACUUAUGUGAACAGAAUGGCCUGAGUGAAAAGGCUUCUAAUCAGACCGCCUCAAUGAGGCACUCCAUGCUGGUUUCUCUUGAGAACUCCAUGCAGGACUUGCUGCGAGAUGCCAAGGAAAAGUUCAAGAGCUGGGUUACUUCUUCAAACUUGGAACGUGUGGAAUUGGCAAAUAAAAAGGUGGAAGAUAACUACCACGUCCGGUUAUGGAAGGCAUCCACUGAAAUCAGUGCCGCUCCUAAAGUAAUCCUUCAACGCAUACUGACAGAGCAGCAUCUGUGGGACCCAAGUCUGCAGCAGGCUAAAAUCCUAGAGACCUGGGAUGAUGAAACAGAUGUUUAUCACUAUACAACAGAAAGCAUGUCACCCCUCCUGCCGCGGGAUUAUGUGGUUUUGAGGACUUGGAGGACUGAUCCCCAAAGUGGCACCUGUAUUUUGGCAGCUACCUCAGUUGACAGUGAAGGAGCUACUCUGCAUGGGAUUUUGGCCCAUGUCCUUUUGUGUCAGUAUCUCAUAGAACCAGUUGGCUCCCAGAAAUCCAAAGUGACUCACGUCUGCCGGACAGACACGAGGGGACGAACAACAGAAUGGUACAACAGAGUUUUUGGUCAUAUGUGUGCUGCAGAACUGAUGAGGAUAAAAGACUCCUUCAAACCUCUCAGGAAUGACACAAAGGAAAUGAAAAUCUAAAGCACCUGGUUCUAAACAGAGACUGGUGCGGAGGCAUGAACUGCUCCUCUGCUAUCAUUUUAAAAGCUAUAGACUCAUAGACUUGCCUAUAUUUUAAAACUAAUAAACCAAGAAGUAAUUUGUAAUGGCCUAUAAUGUAAUGUAAAAUAGUAAUUUUAUAAAGCUGCUUUUUUUUCUUUUUCCAGUUUCAGGAAGCUGUUCUUGAACUGGCUGCACAGAGAUAGCUAAAAGGUCAAAUGUGUGUAUGUAUAUAUACGAAAUUAUAAAAUGCAAUUGUUACAUCCAGGAAAGACAAAAUAUGCUGGUUCAAAAUUAUAGUUAUAAAGUAAGUUAUUAAACUAAAAAUAUGGUAUUUUUCCAAAUACGCAUUAAGUAUUUUAUAAGAUGUAGACUUUUAUGCAUUCUAGAGUAUUAUGUCUCUUGAAUUUUCUUUUUAUUGAAUAAGGUGGUGGAGAUGUGAAGUUAAUUUUAACCUCUUUACAGUUGAAAAUAGGCCUGAAAACCUAUGCCUUUUACUAGAGGGAGCUAAAUACUUUAGCAUAUGUUGUUAACUCUCUUGAUACUUCCUUUUUACAUAAUAAAAAACCAAAUCUAGUGGGGGUGGUUGUUUAAUGUGAUGGGUAGAGUUCCUGCAUUUGAGAACAUUGCCUACUUUUACCAUGGUGAAGCUUUAGGAAUACAUUUCAAUUGUUAAAUAACGGCCAUAAGUCAACCUAACCAAGCUAACUAAGCAGAAAUUAUGUGAAUGGACUAUCAAAAACCAGUUUCUGCAUUUAACCUGCAACUUAUGUCACUUGAGCUCAAUCGUAGGCAUUGUGCUUGUCUUCUGAACUCCAGUCAUGGUUAAACAUUCCUUAUGUACCUUUUAAUAAGCUGCUCAUCAUGAAAACCAAAAAGUGUGUGUACACAGAUAAUUAAGGUGCUACUCCUAGAGGUAAAUGUUUUAUACAGCUGUGGGGGGGAGGGGGAGUGUUCUUGUAAAACUAACUUGUCCUUGAUUUAUGAUGUCUUGGACCUCAUUCAUCGUUGCAGGUGUGAUUUAGAGUUGCUUAGGUGUAUGCCAUGCAAAGUAGCAAUGUUACAUCCUUACACUGAUGGUGAUGUGAAUGUUAUCAGUGUCUUACCAACAGCAAGUAGAAGUUCUGAACAGUGUAUCACCAAUAGAUUUCUUAGUGCGGUAAAGCACAGGUAGGAACUGAAGAGACAGUCAAAUGAAAGAGAGUUCCACUUAAUUACAUCCCAUAAUGACUGACAGCUAAAAAGUGACUACUUGUAUCAAAAUGCUGUACGUGUAAAUACUAAGAUAAGUGUGUGGUAUUGAAUGAGGAUAAUGAUAUAAUAGACAUCACAGCACUGUGGUGGAAGGAUGACAAUCAAUGAGACACAGUAAGAGGAAGGUACAAAAUAUAUAGGAACGAGAGAUGAGGUAGUGCUGAUGGAGCAGGGCCUACUGCUGGUACAUGUGCAAGAAAGAAUAAGGGCAAAUACAAUAAAAAUCUUAAGUGAAUCAAAUUGUAACAGACUUUCUCUGGCUAAAAAUUCUAUACUUCAAUAAUAAAAUAUUCCUACUGCUAUAUUCUUACCUCGUACCUGUCCACGAUGGUGAUUGUGAAAUGGUUUGGGAGAAAGAUUAUAAAAAUAGAAAACUGAGUAAUAAUGGAAGAUUUUAACUAUCCCCAAUUUGACUGGGUACAGGUCACCUCAGGCUGGGAAGCAAAGACAAUAAUUUGUGGUGUCAAAAAACUGCUUCAUGGAGCAGCUAGUUCUGGAACCCAGAAGGGGAGAAGCAAAUGUUGAUUUAGUCCUAAAUUGAGCAUGUUUGGCAAAGAGGUGAAUAUUACUGAAAGACUUGCUGAUAGCAACCAUAAUAUAAAUUUAACAACAUGGGGGAGAGGGUAGGAGGGGACACACAGAAGCCCACUGUAAUAGCAUUUAAUUUUAGAAAAGGGAAUUCCAUAAAAGGAAGCUAGUUCACUCUAAAUUAAAAGGAACAACCACACCAGUGACAUGUGUGCAAAUGGUAUGGAAAUAUUUUAAAUACACCAUAAUUGAGGUCCCAAAUGAAAAAAACAUAGUAAGAGGACCAACAAAGUAAAAGUGGUAAAAGCAAAAAAAAAAAAAAAAAUUGGAAGUCAAAUCCUACUGAAGAGAACAGACAGGAGCAUAAACUCGGGUAAGUCAAAAGAAGAAAUUGAAGAACAAGACACAAAGCAAAAAUAAGUUUGAGAACAGCAGAAUCAGGAAAGUUGGAGGACCAAGGUGUUAAAUGAGCACUCAAGCAAGAGCAGGCUAUUGUCAAGAAGCUAAGUGAAUUCUUUGACUCCGCCUUUACUGCAGAGGAUGUGAGCUACUGUAUUAGUUUUAGGUGACAAUGCAAACUGUCCCAGACUGAGGUGGCAAUAGAGGAGGUUUAUGGAACAAAGUGAUAAAUUAAACAGUAAUCGGUCAGCAGAAGGCAUUCAGCAAAGAGUGAGUUGUGAAGGAACUCAAAUAGGAAAAUGCUAUGGGUAAUACGUAACCUACUUCAAUCAACGUCUGUACUAGCUGACUAGAGGCUAGCUACUGAGACACCCAUUUUUUUUUAAAGGCUGCAGUGGUGAUCCAGGCACCUACAGGCUCAUAAGACUAAGUUUAGUACCAGGCAAACUGAGUGAAAUUAUAGUAAAGAACAGAAUUAGCAGACGCAAAGAUAAACACAAGAUGUUACAGAAGAGUCAACAGAGCUUUUGUAACGGGAAAUCAUACCUCCCCAAUCUACUGAAAUUCUUUGAAGGUAAGCCAGUUGAUAAAAUACUUGAGCAAGGUCCUUUACCAAAAAAAUCCUAAGAGUCAUGGGAUAAGAGGGAAGGGCCCCUCAUGGAUCAGUAACAGGUUAAAACACAGAACCAAAGGUAGGAAUAGAUGGCUAAUUUUCAGAAGGAAGCAAGGUAAAGAGUGGUGUGCCCCAGGGAUCUGUCUGGGGACCAUUCCAACAUGAGCAAUGAGGUGGCAGUGAAGCAGUAUAAAGGUUCUUACUGAUCUCCACAACAAAAACGGAAGAUGAAAUUCAAAGUAAUGCACAUUGGGAAACAUAAGCCCAUCUAUACAUACAACAUUAGCUGUUACCACUCAAGAAAAAGACCUUGGAUGGAUUGGUCACUGUUAGCUGUUUUCAAUGUUAGGCAUCACGAGGCAAGGAAUAGAUAAUGCCACUAUAUCAAUUUAUGGCAUGCCCACAUCUUGAAUACUGCAUGCAGGGCUGGUCACCCUAUUGCAAAGAAAGAGACAGGUACGGAGCAAGGCAACAAAAAGAAUUAGGGGUAUGGAACAGUUUCCUAGGAGGAGAGAUUAAAAAGAGUGGGACUGUUCAGUAUAGAAAACAGACAGCUACAAGGCACAUAGGAUAAAGAUCUAUGAAACCAUGAAUGGUGUGGCAAAAGGGAAGUAUAACACAAAAAGCAGGGGCCCCUCAAUGAAAUUAAUAGGCAGCAGGUUUAAAACAAAGAAAAGCAAGUUAUUCGUCCCAGAACUCAGCGUCAACCUAUGGAACUUACGUUGUGAUGGCCAAAACAAUGCUAAAAGGGUUCAAAGGAAGAACAAGCUAUGUUCAUGGAGAAUAGGUCCAUCAGUGGCAUGUUCCCUAGCCUCUUUUUGCCACAAGCUGAGUGUUAGAGAUGGAUCACUCAAUGCUUGCUUGUUCUAUUCAGUCCCUCUGAAGCACUGGGCAGUGGCAGAAGACAGGCUGCUGGGGUCGAUGGACCACUGGGCUGACGCAGUAUAGCCAUUCUUUGGAGAGAGAGCACGUUAGCAGACUUACCAGCACCCACAAUAAUGCUAUUUUACCAUUUUGCUCUUAAACCCCACUGAAAACUAGACGCUAGGCCCCACAUGCUCAUAGUAAUGCUGCCAGAUUAACUUUAUUGCAGCACUGGAAAUAUAGGUGGUGACAAGUUUUCCUGAGCUGGCGAUUUAAAAUGUAAAAGCUCUGCUAACAAGUCACACAGCUAAACCUGGAGCCAGGCUUGGAGAUAAUUUUGCAUUACUUUGGGUCUCAAUCUACCUCCGGUACACUGCAUCCUAUUCUAAAUGCUAAUGCAGCUUUUUAAAAAAUACUAAGCAACCCGGACAUCUUAAGUACUUAAACAUUUAGAUGUAAGCACAAACAAUGACAAUGCAUGUAAAAAUAUAGCAAUAUAUGGUCAGGGAUGCUAUACUGAAUUUUGUAACAGGUACAGCAAGUGAUUUUAAAAAAAUUGCUCUAUAAUAUGUAAGCUUUACAAAGUCCAGUGUACCAUGCUUACAAUGAAAAGUGAGAGAGGUUAGUAUUGUGCAAUAGCAGCUAAUGAUUUUAAAUGCCCUGAGAGGAAACUUUUUGUUUGGCUGGAUGUAUGCUAUGCUGCAGUAUAAGCAGGUGCUUUAUUUAAUCUAUUUCUAGUUUACAAUAGUUAAAAAAAAACAACCCUUAGACAUCAGUGGCACAGCUGCAGAUGCAGAACAUAGAUGUGCCAACUGCUAGUAAUUUAUGGAGGCUUUGCCACAUUCCUGAACCCUACAUAAGUAUUAGAAACAGUGUUUCAACUGUCUUCUUUCUAGGUGCUGAUAAGUGAGAAUAAGACAAGCGAUAGGUGAAACUACUUAAGCUCGAUAGUACCAGAUACAAAACAGGCACCGCUUCAACUGAACUUAAAAUAAGCUAAAUCUCUGUUUCCCCUGUGGUUCUUUGUAGCUCAUGAUAUUAAAAGUGUGAUUUAAUUGUAGUUGAUAAAAUAAGAAUAUUUGGUCAGGCCUUUUUUCUGUGAGACUAAUAUAAAUAAAAACUAAAUAUUUCCCAUCAUACUGUUUAAAUAUGAAUAUACAGUAAAUGAAACAAUGAUUUCACGUACUAUGGCUCUUUGUCUCCUGCACUCCUGGCGAUCUGAAUAUCACUGAUCUAACUGGUGUGUCUACAACUGCAUCUUUCAAAAGAAUUAAGCUUAAGCUAUUGAAAAACACUUAAAUGAGGCUAUGCAACAUAGUGUGCACAGGGCAGCCUCGGGUACUAUAGCUUUGUAUAUUUUGAAAGUCUGGAAUGUUAAUAUGCAUAAGAAUUUAACCACUUUCCUCAGAUUUGUAUUUACUCAGUUUUGUUCCUUUUCUGUAAAUACUUUUGGUUGCAAUACUCAGAUUGUAAUAGCUUGGACAAAGCACCUCUAAUAAAGGUGCAGCCCUCAAACACUU